UCUCAUAACCCCACAGGUUUUACUUUUCCAACCUCAACGAAAAGGACGUGAAUUUGCGUUUCCGUUUCAGUGGCACUUUCCGAGGGAAAACUGGAAAACGAGCGGCCCAAACCAACGCGGACAACCGCAUUACAGAGCGAGAGAGAGGCUCUGUUCGGACCAGAUCUGGAGAUUUGAAGCGCUGUUUGGUUUAUGGGAACAAAUGGAGUGCAUAGACAAUUUGCCGGAGAUGGAUCUGAUGCGGUCGGAGAAGAUGGCCUUCGUUCAGCUCAUAAUCCCCGUCGAGUCCGCUCACCGGGCCGUCUCCUACCUUGGGGAACUCGGCCUUCUCCAAUUCCGAGAUUUAAAUGCUGAUAAAAGCCCUUUCCUGCGGACAUUUGUUAAUCAGGUAAAAAGAUGUGCAGAGAUGUCAAGAAAGCUACGAUUUUUCAAAGAUCAAAUUCAGAAAGCUGGUUUAUUGACUUCUAUUCAUCCUGCUACGCAACCGGACCAGGAGUUGGAGGAAUUAGAGGUACAACUUGCAGAGCAUGAACAUGAGUUGAUUGAAAUGAACAAUAACAGUGAGAAAUUGUGGCAAAUGUACAAUGAGCUUCUGGAGUUCAAGAUAGUGCUGCAGAAGGCAGGUGGUUUCCUUGGUUCAAGUAACAGCCAUGCAGCUGCAGAAGAAAUAGAGUUAGAUGAUCAUGUGUACUCCAAUGAUCACUAUGCAAAUACAGGAUCCUUUCUUGAGCUGGAGCGACCUGAGUCCACCAAUCAAUCUGGUGUAAGAUUUGUUAGUGGCAUUAUCAGUAAAUCAAAAGUUCUCAGGUUUGAGAGAAUGUUGUUUCGUGCUACUAGGGGCAACAUGUUUUUUAAUCAGGCACCAGCUGAUGAAAAAAUCUUGGAUCCUGCAUCAACUGAAAUGAUUGAGAAAAUUGUUUUUGUAGUGUUCUUCUCGGGGGAGCAGGCAAAAACAAAAAUAUUGAAAAUUUGUGAAGCGUUUGGUGCAAAUUGCUACCCUGUGCCUGAGGAUAUAACAAAACAGCGGCAGCUAACUCGAGAAGUUUUGUCACGUCUCUCCGAGUUGGAAGCCACCUUGGAUGCUGGAAGCCGUCACCAAAAUAAGGCCCUUACUUCCAUUGGGUUUCAGCUAACAAAAUGGUUGAACAUGGUUAGAAGGGAGAAAGCUGUGUAUGAUACAUUAAAUAUGCUGAAUUUUGAUGUCACAAAAAAAUGUCUUGUUGGGGAGGGGUGGUGCCCAGUAUUUGCUAGAACUCAGAUUAAGGAAUCAUUGCAACGAGCUACAUUUGAUAGCAAUUCACAAGUUGGUAUAAUAUUCCAUUCAAUGGAUACUGUGGAAUCACCUCCAACAUACUUCAGAACGAACCGUUUUACAAAUGCAUUUCAGGAAAUUGUUGAUGCAUACGGUGUUGCUAGAUAUCAGGAAGCCAAUCCUGCUGUUUAUACUGUUAUUACAUUUCCAUUCCUUUUUGCUGUGAUGUUUGGGGACUGGGGUCAUGGAAUAUGCUUGUUGUUGGGAGCCUUAGUGCUUAUAGCCCGUGAAAGUAAGCUUGGUUCACAGAAACUUGGCAGCUUUAUGGAGAUGCUAUUUGGUGGCCGCUAUGUACUCCUCUUGAUGUCACUUUUCUCCAUUUAUUGUGGUUUAAUUUACAACGAGUUCUUUUCUGUGCCUUAUCACAUUUUUGGGGGGUCAGCUUACAGAUGUCGAGAUGCUACAUGCAGUGAUGCGCACUCUGUUGGUCUAAUAAAAUUCCAAGACCCAUAUCCAUUUGGAGUUGAUCCCAGCUGGCGUGGAAGUCGUUCAGAACUUCCUUUCUUGAACUCUCUGAAAAUGAAGAUGUCUAUCUUGUUGGGUGUGGUUCAGAUGAACCUAGGAAUCAUAUUAAGUUAUUUCAAUGCUCGUUUCUUUGGGGACUCACUGGAUGUUAGGCAUCAGUUUGUGCCACAGAUGAUCUUUCUGAAUAGCCUUUUUGGUUAUCUAUCACUUCUCAUUGUUAUCAAGUGGUGCACUGGUUCACAAGCUGACCUUUAUCAUGUGAUGAUUUACAUGUUUUUGAGUCCUUUUGAGGAUCUUGGUGAGAAUCAGUUGUUCUGGGGCCAGACAGCACUUCAGAUCACAUUGUUGCUUUUGGCAGUCAUUGCAGUUCCAUGGAUGCUUUUUCCAAAACCUUUUAUUUUGAAGAAACUUCACUCAGAGAGAUUCCAGGGUCGUACAUAUGGCAUUCUUAGAAACUCUGAGGUGGAUCCGGAUGUAGAACCUGAUUCUGCACGACCACAUCAUGAAGAUUUUAAUUUUAGUGAGGUCUUUGUACAUCAAAUGAUACAUUCCAUUGAGUUUGUUCUUGGUGCUGUUUCCAAUACUGCCUCAUACCUUCGGCUUUGGGCUUUAAGCCUGGCCCAUUCUGAAUUAUCAACUGUUUUCUAUGAGAAGGUCCUCCUCCUGGCUUGGGGGUAUGACAAUAUCAUCAUCCGUUUGGUAGGACUCGCGGUUUUUGCCUUUGCCACGGCCUUCAUACUUCUAAUGAUGGAGACCCUCAGUGCUUUCCUUCAUGCCUUGCGUCUCCACUGGGUGGAAUUCCAAAACAAGUUCUAUCACGGAGACGGCUAUAAGUUCAGGCCCUUCUCCUUCUCCUCACUACCGGACGACGAGGAUUAGUUUCAGCUCAACUUCAUUUUGUAGUCAUAAAUUUUGUGAAGAUUCUCAAAGCCCAAAGAAAAGAACAACAAGUCUUUCCUACAAUUGCGGAAACCAAGAGUGGACAUUCUUUGAAUCCAACAUCUUUGGCUGGCAAGAGCCGGUGCUUCUGCUGACUGCUUCCUCGCAUCAACACCAUUCAGCCUGAUGAACUCAGGAAUGUAAAAUCCUAGCUCGGAUUAUUUUGGGUUUGUGGGUAAAAUCCUAGCUCAAAUUCUUUUGUUAUUUGGGUACAAAAAGGAUCCUGCUUUAAGAGCUUGGAAUUUUCCUUUCCUUUCCUUUCCUUUCCUUCUCUCUCUCUCAGCUCAAAGUGGGUUGAGAUUUGGUUGCUGUGAAGAGGGAGGGAAGCUCUCCUGGAGAGGCAGAUCCAUAGUGAUAUCACAUAGAUACACAAGCACAGGCUGGUGUGAAUUUUCGAUGAUAUAUAUAUCCUAUAUUUUUUGUGGGGCAGAGGUUUUUUUUUUUUUUGCUGUAACAAUGAGAUAAAAAUCCAUAGAGAGCUUUGCUCUAGUAGAGAUUCAUUAUUUUUUUUUGGGAUAAAAAUAGAGAUUCAUUAUUCUUAUUAUACAGAGUGACUUAAAGGUGAAUGAGCUUUUAUCUUA